AUGGGCGGUGGUAUGCAUGCAUAUUAUUAUAUUUUUGGAGUUGCCGAACCAACAUUUCGUUGUCGACUACCGUUAAAUAUUUGGCCGGAUGAAGAUAAAUAUCAAUUUAUUAAUAAUACUCAUCAGCUUCUAAUCGAGACGUGGAUAUCAUCAACAUCCAAAUGUGAUACUAUUAAUGGAUCGAAAUGUACCGACUUUGUUUAUGAUCGAAGUGUUUUUGGGCGAACAUUUACAGAAGAUGCUAAUUUUGUUUGUACUAAUGCAGUUAAGAGAACAUGGCUCGCAACAGUAUUUCAGAUUGGCGCUAUAAGUGCUUAUGGUCUGGUUUUUCUUCUUCUUAUGGAACUAACAUCAUCGUCUCAUACGAGUUUUGCUGGCAAUCUUGCUUUGAUUGCUUAUACUUUCGGUGAAAUUGUAGCCGCUCUCUUUGCUUACGGUGCUCGUAACUGGCUAAAUCAUAAAUGGUUUAAUAGUGGCUAUAUUGGUCUCAUGCUUUUUUAUCUAUAUUUCGUGCCAGAAUCACCCUAUUGGUUGUUUAACAAGAAAAAAUAUGCACAACUUGAAGUUUGUCUUAGAAAUAUUGCCAAAAUCAAUAAACGCGAAAAUACAGAAUGGUUUCAACUUUAUAGACAAUUAAUACAAGAUUCUUCUAUACAGAUGAAAACUACAAUAAAACCAAAGAAAAAAAACAUCAGACGCAUAUUGAUCAGAUUAUGUAUUAGUGGUCUAAUCGCGUUUGUUACGAUGCUUCUAUAUAUAAAAAUAUCGUACGGACUCGGUGCGAUGAAUAAAAAUUUAAGUCCUCAUUGGAGUAUAGUGAUUGGAGCUAUUGUUGAAGGUAUCGGUUAUAUAUCUGCUAGUUUUCUUAUUACGACACGAUUGGGAAGAAAAUAUACACUGAUGGUUUUUGCAUUGUUUACAUCAUUGUACGUACUGACCAUUCCAUUUAUUAAAGAAAACUAUCCAAUCGUGACUAUUGUCAUUUCACAAAUGGGUAAAUUAACAAUCAGUGGAGCAGUAUCAGCUUCAUGGGUUUAUGUUCCAGAACUUUUUCCAACAUCAAUUCGUGGCUUAAGCAAUUCUAUUUUUGUAUUUACUGGUCGUCUUGGUGCCAUUUUAGCGCCUAUUGUUGAUGCUGCACUUGGUGACAAAUAUAUAAAACUAACAUUUUAUAUUUAUUCGAGAAUAACUUUUAUCAUGAUCGGCAUCGUUACUCUUCUUCCUGAAACUCGCAAUCGAUCAUUUAACGAUGAUAAUGAAAACAAUAACAGAAUAGCUGCGGAACAAAGCGAAGUUCAAUAA